AUGAAAUUUUUUAAAAUCAUCGUACUCUUCACUCUCUUUGUUCCUUUCUCUAUUGCAGAGUUUAAUGUAGUUGAUUAUUGUGUAUCAAAUUUAAAACUUCCAAAAACUCCGGCAGGAUACCCUUGUGUUAAUCCUGAUAAGCUUACAUCAGAUGACUUUGUUUUCACUGGUUUCCGUAAUUCCGGUAACUUUACAAUCUUUAAUUCAGCAGUCGUACCAGCAACUGAUGAGACAUUUCCUGCCUUAAACGGCUUAGACCUUGCCAUGUCACGGAUAGACAUAGCAGUAGGCGGAGUUGUUCCAAUUCACACACACAGAGUGUCAGAAAUUAUUAUUGUCAUCGAAGGAACAAUCAUAGCCGGUUUUAUUGGAACAAAUAAUACUGCGUAUUACAAAAUAUUAAAUAAGUAUGAUGUUAUGAUUUUUCCUCAUACUUUACUUCAUUUUCAAGUUAACGUUGGUGAUACUCCUGCUCUCGCAUUUGUUAGCUUAAACAGCGCAAAUCCUGGAUUUCAAACUGUUAGUGUAGCAUUAGGUGCAAAUGACCUACCAACUGAAAUAAUCUCAAAGAUCACAUUGUUGGAUGAACAACAGGUAAGGAGGUUGAAGUCAAUCUUUGGUGGCACUAACCAAUAUAUAGCUUGAUGAUAU